AUGCGCAUAUCACAGUGGCAGUUGAGGUACAGAAUUAUACCGCAGUUCACGGUGCGCGUGGCUCAUCAGGAGACCUUCAAGCUUGGAGGUCGGAUCACCAGGAUUAACGGCAAUCCACGCCAUCAGCCUCAGGCUGUCAGGAGGAAUACCCACCAAUUCCGAGAGGGCCAGCUGUAUAAGUGUUUUAAAAAAAUUGGAGGACGGAAGGCGGAGGUACGUCUGGAUCAAGAGAGUAAGCGUUCCGUCAAGCCCAUCCAUGACCCUUCACAAUUCCAUUUCGUACGUCAGGAGGACCACCCACCAACUCCGAAUCCUUUUCUGAAAAUCUACCCCUGUAUACACGGAUGGAAGGCAGAACUUGAAGCACGUACGGAAUCCCGUGGAAUUAGGGAUGUGGAUGGAGCUACCAACGCACUUCUCGAAUCGAAUGAACGUACCUCCUGCAUACACACUUUCUCACCUCGUCCGAUUCAUCAACAAGCUUGA